AUGGAAGAGCUUAGACCAAACAUGACAUUGUUUCAUUACGAGGUCGUUCACGCUGGGUCUUGCAGUAACAUAUUCGACGAAUUCAUUAAGAAAAUACAUCGCGCCGAAGUAUUAGGUUGGGCCAUGACUCACAAGAUUGGCUUUCGGCUUCAAGAGACUCUGGGAGUGGCCACGGGGGACUUUGGAGACCUGGCCCAGGCUCAAAUAGAAGAAGCUAUGGAUGACUUAGCCUUGUACGUGGAAUACCAAGACAAAGCCGAAGCGGCGCUUCGCCAGGCCCAGUCUAUUGUCGAGGCGUGCGCAAAGCUAUUCACGUUCAUGGCGUCGGUUCCCUACACGGAUGAGAACAGCGUUCGCUUGCCGCCUGAAGGGCCGGAAGAGCGUUACUGGUGGUCUUAUGAGCUCAUCGACUUGGUCCAAAAGGCCUAUGAGGCAAUGUGGGAUGAUGAUAUUAUGGACGUCGCCUUCGACGAUAUCCCUGAAGAGGUCUUGUCUUACCCUUGA